AUGGCGACGGACGCUGCAGUGAGCCAAGACGGGCUUUUCAUUCCCCUCAUCGAUUUUUCAAGAUUCCUGAAUGGUGAUUCAUCCACACGCUUGGAGACGGCCAAAGCCAUUCUCAAAGGCUUCCAGGACGCUGGCUUCAUCUAUCUCAAAAACCAUCCCAUUUCUCAAGACACAGUGAGACAUGCUUUUGCCAUGUCAGCAAACUUCUUCGCGCAGCCUUUGGAGAAGAAAGCCGCGCUGGAGUGGACUACUCCACAGGCCAAUCGCGGUUAUGUGGCUCACGGGCGAGAAAAAGUCAGCCAGCUAAAUGACGCUGCAGAAGUAGAAAAGAUUCGUAGCGCAGUCCCGGACUUGAAAGAGAGCUUUGAAAUCGGCCGCGAUGACGAGGCCGGCCACCCGAACAACUGGCCCGAGGAACAAGGCGCAGUUACGGGCUUCAAGGAAGACAUGAAGAGCUUCUUUCAGGAGUGCAAAGCUUUGCAUGUAGAGGUUAUGCGGGCUAUUGCCACGGGGAUGAGCUUUGAAGAAACCUUUUUUGACAGGUUUCUAGACGUUGGCGAUAACACUCUACGACUGCUGCACUACCCAGAAGUCAAGUCUGAUGUUUUCAACACGCCGGGCCAAGUCCGUGCUGGUGAACACAGCGAUUAUGGAUCAAUCACUUUACUCUUCCAAGACAACCGCGGCGGCCUGCAAGUCAAGAGUCCAAAUGGGAAUUUUAUCGACGCAACUCCCAUCGAGAACACCAUCGUUGUUAACGCCGGAGACUUGCUGGCGAGAUGGAGCAAUGAUACGAUCAAGAGCACCAUUCAUCGCGUAGUUGAACCCCCGCGAAAAGAAGGCAAGACGUAUCCUUCACGGUAUAGCAUUGCAUACUUUUGCAAUCCCAACUUCAAGGACCUCAUCGAAGUGCUGCCAGGAACAUAUGCAACGGAGAAAGAGAAGAAGUAUGAGAGCAUAAAUAGCGGCGAUUAUCUUGUCCAGAGACUCACUGCAACAUAUUAA